GGCUUACCCAGGAGGCGGGUGGAAGGGCGGGGAGAGGCUCCCCAUUAAAUACCGCUCUCGGCCACACUUGCGCGCUCACCCCGGCGCCUGCCUACUCCCUCGCCUGUCGCUGCCGGAUUGUGCCGAAGAGGAGGGGGCGUUCCCCACACCAUGGCAUCUACGGAAGGUGCCAACAUCAUGCCCAAGCAGGUUGAAGUGCGAAUGCAUGACAGCCACCUCGGCGCGGAGGAGCCGAAGCCCCGGCACCUGGGGCGGCGGCUGUGCGGCAAGCUGAGGAAGAACCUGCUGCUCACUCUGACGGUGUUCGGUGUCAUCCUGGGGGCAGUCUGUGGAGGGCUUCUUCGCUUUGCGUCCCCCAUCCACCCUGAUGUGGUCAUGUUAAUAGCCUUCCCAGGGGAUAUACUCAUGAGGAUGCUAAAAAUGCUCAUUCUCCCUCUAAUCAUCUCCAGUUUAAUCACAGGGUUGUCAGGCCUGGACGCCAAAGCCAGCGGGCGCCUAGGCACGAGGGCCAUGGUGUAUUACAUGUCCACGACCAUCAUCGCCGCGGUGCUGGGGGUCAUCCUGGUCUUGGCCAUCCACCCGGGGAACCCCAGACUUAAGAAGCAGCUGGGGCCUGGGAAGAAGAACGAUGAAGUGUCCAGCCUGGAUGCCUUUCUGGACCUUAUUCGAAAUCUCUUCCCGGAGAACCUGGUCCAAGCCUGUUUCCAACAGAUUCAAACAGUGACGAAGAAAGUCCUGGUGGCACCUCAGUCAGAAGAAGAGAGCAAUGUCACCAACUCUGUCGUCUCCCUGUUGGCCGAGGCUGCAACAGAGGCACCUGAGGAAACGAAGGUGGUUAUCAAGAAGGGACUGGAGUUCAAGGACGGCAUGAAUGUCUUAGGUCUGAUUGGGUUUUUCAUUGCUUUCGGCAUCGCCAUGGGGAAGAUGGGCGAGCAGGCCAAGCUGAUGGUGGACUUCUUCAACAUUUUGAACGAGAUCGUAAUGAAGUUAGUGAUCAUGAUCAUGUGGUACUCUCCCCUGGGUAUUGCCUGCCUGAUCUGUGGGAAGAUCAUUGCCAUCAAGGACUUAGAAGUGGUUGCUCAGCAACUGGGGAUGUACAUGGUCACAGUGAUUGUGGGCCUCAUCAUCCAUGGGGGCAUCUUUCUCCCCUUGAUUUACUUUCUAGUGACCAGGAAAAACCCUUUCUCCUUUUUUGCUGGCAUAUUCCAAGCUUGGAUCACUGCCCUGGGCACCGCUUCCAGUGCUGGAACGUUGCCUGUCACCUUCCGUUGCCUGGAAGAAAAUCUGGGGAUUGACAAGCGCGUGACCAGAUUUGUCCUCCCCGUCGGAGCGACCAUUAACAUGGAUGGCACAGCCCUUUAUGAAGCGGUGGCUGCCAUCUUCAUUGCCCAGAUGAACGGCGUCGUCCUGGAUGGAGGGCAGAUCGUGACUGUGAGCCUCACGGCCACGCUGGCAAGUGUCGGUGCAGCCAGUAUCCCCAGUGCUGGGCUGGUCACCAUGCUCCUCAUUCUGACAGCCGUGGGCCUGCCGACGGAGGACAUCAGCCUGCUGGUGGCUGUGGACUGGCUGCUGGACAGGAUGAGAACUUCAGUCAAUGUGGUGGGUGACUCUUUUGGGGCUGGGAUUGUCUACCACCUCUCCAAGUCCGAGCUGGAUACCAUUGACUCUCAGCACCGGGCGCAUGAAGAUAUUGAAAUGACCAAGACUCAGUCCAUUUACGAUGACAUGAAGAACCAUAGGGAAAGCAACUCUAGUCAAUGUGUCUAUGCCGCACACAACUCUGUCAUAGUAGAUGAGUGCAAGUCUCUCCAUUAUGUGGAAUAUCAGUCGUGGGUUUAAGUUUGCACAUGACGUUGAGGACAGACAGAUGGAAGGUAAGCUAGGAACAACGUAGAAGCAGAGGGGAAAACCUCCCAUUCUGUGUAAGGUUCAGUUCGCUUAGAGCCAGGAAAACAGUGUACAGUCUGGUGAUUAUAUCUGAUUGCUAAAUGUCUGCACUGAAGUAAUUUACAUAUCCAUGUCCCUGAUCUCCGGAUUCACUCCCUCCCUUUUUAUUUUUAAUUUUUAAAGCUUGCAGAGCUUAUUUGGUAUCCAGACCAUCAGGCUAUCUGAUUUUAAAAUUGGACAUGUAUGAAAUUCACCUGGCCUCCUGGCAACUGAACCUUUCAUAUGCAUGAGUACAACUAGCUGCUUAGUUCUAGAUGUUUUUCUCUGUGGUUGUAUGGAGUAGCACAUGGGCACUGUCAUUUAAAGACUGCGUUAUUGUGUGAUGGGUCUAUGGGUAGUUUGACACCCCCACAGCCCUAAAAGCAUAUCAAAAGCUAUCCUCCGAAAUUCCCAAGUGUCUCCGGUCCCUCAAUAUCAACUCCCAAGGCAAAUAAGUAUUAUUUUUUUAAUGUUCGCAAAUCAGUGUUGAGAACCAAGACCAGCUCAAAACCCACUUGUGAGGAACCACAUUUAAAACUAAUAUUGGAGUCGUGUAGUCUAACCUGGAUCUUGUGCUCCUCCACAUGACCCAUGGGGUGCUUUUCUGGUUCUCGGCCUGUAAGCUGGAUAUUGAUGAUAUUUUCAGGUAACUCUGGCAGCCAACGGAAAGUCGGCAGACGGCAGUGUUGAGGAAGAACCUUGGAAACGUGAAAAAUAAGAAUAUGACUCUCAGCAAGUUCUUGAAUAAAAUCCCCAGCAUAUCGUAUGGUAAAAGAGGAUAUAAACAAGCAUUCUUUCAAAAGGAAAAAAAAAUACCUAUGUUUCUAUGUUUACUUAAUCUGUUAGCUGAGGCUUAGAGGAUCUGUUGUGAGUCAGUGAUAGGCAUGGUGCUGUGUCUUUGCCAAAUAAUGCUUCGUAACCGUCUAAUUUUCUCACUUGUAUUAUCGUCGGAAUGGAGGCUGCUGGAGGAACCGGUUUGAACUGAAGGUGCAUUCUUGCCAGCUUCCCUCUUCUCUCCCGAUGCAGAGCCGUGGCCGCUCUUCUCCCAGGGGACACGACUAGAGCACGCCACUCCAGGGGCUUGGGAUGACGAGCGGACACCCAGUGUGUUAUUUGAGUGUUCUCCAUGCUUCUUCACCUUGUCACACACACACGAGAUUCUGUCAGAAGCCUCUAGAAGUAGUUCUCCUUCAAUGUCUUGUAGAGUUUGCCCCUGUGUUGAUAAAAGCAAGUACCUGUCUUGGGGAACUGUGACCAUUUACCUUCUGUGUGCUCUUUGAGGUAAAUGUUUCAGAGGGUGGUCGUGGGGGCCACAGUCUUAAAGACAGCUGGCAUGGACCCCAUGGGGCCUCUGCUCUGUCCUCCCUAGUCUGUGGGCAUUUGUCGUUGAAAUUUCAGAGUGUGUUACAUGAUUUGCUCUCAAUGUGAUAAUGGAUUAGAAUGUAAUUUGCGUAGAACCGCUGUAUAUAUUGUGUAAGGGAGCACACGGUCAGCAUACAUUUUGACCAGAUUCAAAUAUUCAAAUUCAUUUAUCUUUGGUUUGCGUUCCUCUGCUAUAUAGUGAAAUCAAGAGGGAUUAUUUUGAUCUCUGCUCCACUUUGUCUCCCCCAUAAACUUCUGGCUAGGGUUUCUAACAAAAAGACGUUUUUGAUCCUCAAGGUAUUUCCUCCAGAUUCUCAGUUAACCGGAAGGCCUAACUAACCAUUUUACUCUCCUUAUGCAUGGGGGACAGUUGUGUUGACUAUGCCUCUUUUAAUACUGUCUCUGGAUAAAUGGGAAGACUGUCGUUUAUCUAGUAUGUACUGCAGAAGGCUGUUUGUUAUAUCAUAUCAAAGCACAUAAAACCAGUAACAGGACACAGUUGGGAGCAGAGCCAGCCUUCCUCCCCCGUCUCCUCUGUGGAAAGGAACAGCAAACAAGCACAUGUGCAAAAUUCUAAAAAGGGGACAUUCCUUUGGCAAAGUCCAGGCAGCCUGGAACCUUGCAGUGGGGACAGAGGAUGGCUCCACACAACCUCAUAGAUGGAACGCUAGCAAGGCUGUGCAAGGCUGGGGAACAAAUGAUGUAAUUGGAGUAGCACCGUGCCUUGCAUGCUGUAGACACCCAACGUGUCCUGAAUGAGUGUGUAAGUUAAAAUGUUUCAAUGUUUCUACUAUCAUGUUCUGUUGGAUAACCCAUAGUCUUUUUCUAAGGUGUCUGGCCCUGGGACUGUGCUGAGGACGUGAACAGGGAUCAGGGAGAAAGUCACAUUUGACCCUGAGGCAUGUGCGGGAACCUAGGUCCAAACAUGGGAGUCAGGUGGUCACCUGAGGCCAGCAGAGAUGCUGAGAUAUCCAGGAACAGGGACAGACCCUAAAUUCCCUAAAGACAGGCUACCCAUGGACAUCACGUACCCUUUAUUACCUACUCCUUGUGACUUUUCCCUUCCACAUCAGACACCUUUGGAUCAUACAAAAGACAUGAGACUUCAGGUUUUGUGGUGGUUGUUGUUUUUGUCUCUCAAACCCUGGUUAUGUUGGGUAAGGAUUAUUAUGGGGCAGUAUUAAGCAGAUUUUUGCUUUUGAAAGGUGGCACUGAUCUUUAUUUUCAUUCAAUGGACAGUUAACAUCGGGUGGCCAAGGAUGUGCUGAAUUGUAGUUGUGGGAAAUGUAUCCUUUGCAGCAGAUGCUGUGGGCCAAGGGGACGGUUUCUGGAUUCAGCUGUGAAACUGUUAAGGAUUGUCUGUAAGUGGCAUUUGCAAGAGCUUUUCUGUGAGAGGAGAAAGAGCUGGGCAAGGCAGCUAGGAGCUUGCGGGCUUUGCUGUUUAAGGCCAGCUUCCCACACGCGUACACGCCUGAAGGGGUAGUCUAAGGCUGUCUUCCCAAGACGCUGCUUAAAUGUCUUCUCUUGUCUGUUUGUUUUCACCUCUCUUCUAGUCACCCAGUUAGCUCAUAGAUAUAUAAGGGACAAUGUGUUCAGAAGAAACAAUGUGCACAGCUUAACUAAGUGGACAUUUCUGGUUUGAGACCACAUGCAGUAUGUUCCAUGAGAAUAUAUACUUACGAGAUCACAUUUAAUCUGGAUUCAACUAAUCAUAUUAAAAACGAACACUUUCUCAAAUUCAAGGCAAGCCUGACAAUCCAGGAUACAUGUAGAACUGACAUAUGACUGUGUCCUUUGAUUUUUUUUUUGGCCUCAUUCAUUUUUCUCCUGCCAUGUUCAUUGGGGUUUUCCUUGCCCCGUAUAUGUGCCAUAAACAGAACACAUAGACCCAGGGUGUACCUCUGAUGACUUUUUCUAAAUAGGACAUGUGUGACCUGCCAGUGAUAUAUCUAGAUUGAUGUUAAUAGCUCCAACACAGAUAUAAAUGCUUAUAAUCAUCCAUUAAUAUGUGAUGAUGCAUACAUGUUACAUUUAUUUACAGAUAUGGCAGGCCAGAUACAUACACUGCAUUCUGUAAGGUUUGUAAAUUGGCUUUGGCAAAACCAUUUUAUUAUAAACUCAUUUACUCUUUUUAGGCAUCAGAACUGUUUCAGAAGAAAACCAGCUAAGCAGACUUUUAUCCUUCCCUAUCUCAUUUUUGCCCACGGGGAAACCCAAGGGGAAUUAUCAUUAGAUUACCUACUAACAAUUCUAUGUAGCAAAUCUAAUGAUGUAUCUCUCAAGGUGAGGCUUUAUCUGAGGUCUUUGAGGAUGUACUUCCCAUGCAAAGUGCACCAGAGAAUCAAGGCAAUCAUAGGUCACAGAGAACCUCAGUGUAGGACUUCAGGUGAUGACAUCCAAACCAGAUAGCUAUCAGGUUCAACUCCUUACUUGCCAUUGGGUGCAGAAACACCACCUGUAGUCUCAUUUCCUGCGGAAGUUAACCAUGUCUCGUAAAAGACAUAUUUACUUCUGUUCUCCAACUGCUAGCUAGCCUGGAUGUUUCUGCAAACCUAAAGCAAGGAUACCAAGAUGCCUGUACCUGGAUUUAGGCUGGAAGCUGAGAAAGGCUUAGGGGAAAAUCAGUUUGGGGUGGAUGUUCUCCUGGUAGAUAACACCAGCAAUCCCACAACUGAGCGAUUCGAGGGUCUCAGGUCAUUUCUACUCGUGGAUUGAGAAGUAUGUCAUUUUCAUGUGUGUUGAAAGUCCAGAAGCCCUUCCGGAGUUGGGCAACUCACCUACUGGGUCCCCAAAAGGAAACCCAACCCUGCCAUGGUUUUGCAAUACCACACUUCCCUCUGUUCUCCACAGCAAAAGUGAGGGUACAGUAUUUCACUCUUGUCCGAGUCAGAGCUUCUGUCUGUGCUAUCUUUUCCCAGGAGUACAGCAGCAAGUUCAAAUAGGUACACACAAGCUCGAAGAGAAUCCUUGUAGUUCUGACUUGCUCAACAAGUCUCAGCAGCUCCUGCCUGGUCUGAUCACUGAAAGUGCUCAGCAGUUACACCCAGUGGGGCAGCUCUGCCACGUCACUGCUGUCAGACUCGUGGGUCCAUCACUUGUCUGGGUCGCUGCUUUUGCUUUGCUUGUUCUCCAGAUGACCUCAUCCCAAGAGGAGACAAAGGACCACAUGGAAAUUUUCAGUUAUUGUAAUACUUGCUCUUUGAAUAAGGGGAGUAGGACCUGAGAGCCCGGGAAGAUUAAGUUUAAGCUGAGAGCCUGAAGUCAUUCUAAAGUGAGAGUUUUGUAAUUCCAGUUGUCAGAGGAGAUUAGUGGUCUCUGUAUCUGUGGUCAUUUCUGGCUAACACCCGGAAGGAAGGCUACUGAGUGCCAUUGGGAGCAGGCUGCGUUACGGGCAGACCGCUCUCCUUGAGUGGAGUUAAGUUCAAAGCUGCUUAUGGUUUUCCCAGAAUGAAAGCCCAAUGUCUCACUCUUUUGCUUCCUUUCUUAUUCCAUGUAUCAUUGCUGCUGCUGAAGAGACAGUUUCAUAAAUGACCCUGAGUGAGUACAAGGGUUAGUUGUUGAAAAGAUGACAGGGGAUCUUCAUUGAACAGUAUCUGAUUUUAGAGCAUAACGCAGCUAAUUUGGGUAGUGCCAUAGAAACAGUGAGAAAUAACACAGUUGGGUAGAGGAAACACUUGACUUAGACUCUGCCAGUUGUCAGCUGUAUAAUUUAUGCAAGUUGCUUUAUGCCCAAACCUCAUUCCUUCCCAUACAUAAAGGGAGGGAGUUGCAUUAAAUGAUUAAAACCAGCUUCCAGCCCUAAGAAUCCUUGAUAUUAUGACCUCUGCUUUAAUUUCUUUUUUCCUAAGAGGCUUAUUACUAUAAAAUAUUACUUUAUAUUUUAAGUCAGAGGGGCCCACAAUAAUGACUAAUCAAUUUGGAUUCUUCUCAUUCCCUUUGGGAGAAAUUAAAUUCAAGCCUCUCUCUUUAUUGAUGUUUUACAAGCUUGGAAGAUGGCCACGUUAAUCCACCACUUGGUGUUUUGGAACACAAACAGACAUACUUUUAUAAAACUGCUCUUUACUUAAACUCACUGUCCUAGUCAAAGUCGCAAUUCAGCUCAGGGAAAAAUACUGCCAGAGUCACCAUAACGGGACUGGACGCGUCUACAGCCUCACUCGAGCUCUUGCAUCAUUCCUGCUAUAGCAACAGAGCCCACUCUGAACACCCAAAACACAGUUUUCUCCAAACAAUCCCAAUUGCCAACCCAGUAUGGGAGUCUGGGAGCCUUUGGCAAAUGAACUGAACAGUCUUAUGAAAUUUGGUGCAAGACUUACACAAUAACAGCAAUGGUCUGUAAAUGCCUUCCCUCUCCUCCUGUGCGUAGACACGCACGGCCCAUGCGCAGCAGGGCCUGAGGCAAGUCCUUUCUCCAGAGAGAUACACAGGGGUAUUUGGUCGAAUUCAUUUUCCAGUUUUCCUCUUGGUAUGCUUCACAUCACAGGUAGAAAAGUUCUAUCUGACAAGAAUAGAGUCAGGCUGGCUGUUGCCGCCCUCUCCAAUGCCUGAGGAGUUUCUAGGAUUGACAGGUUGCAUGGUCUGUCUGUGAGGCGUGUGCUACCAGCUAUGGCCUUGAACAAGCUGUUGUACUUCCUGUUUCUGCUGUAGUGAGCCACUGCUUGCUUCCUUGCCCUGUGUCCAAACUUGCUAAAUAUGGAACAGAUUUGAUGUGUAUUGUGUUGGGAGCACCUUUACCACUAGAGGAGACUUCGGCUCUUUAGAUUUGGGGUAACCAGAUAUAAGACUAGGACUGAAAGGACUGGGUUAGCUUUUUCCAUCAUUACAUUUUUAGGGCAGAAGACCUGAUGCAAGAGCAGCAAGAAAAAGAUCAUUCCUUAAGUGACCCAUAGACGAACUUGUAGAAAAGUAAGAGAAGCCCCCUGAUUCUUAUUUCAUUCAUUCUACAUAAUAUUCUGCAUAAUGACUAAUCUGUUUGUUGCUAUGUCCAGCCUUGCUUCAUCUUCCUACCUCCAGACCAAGUGUCCAUUUUCCUAUUUUAAAGCCCUUCUGAUGGUUAUAUAAGGCCCUCCUGUGCUGAGAAUAAAACCUGCUACUGGAACAGAACCCACUGCCUUGCGGCAUCAGCACUAGACCUAGGGCAUGGGUAGCAAUAAGUCUCCACUUCUGCUGGAGACACCCCAGUUUCUGGGUGAGUGUUGGAACGUAACGGGCCACUGACACCUUUGCCGUUGUCCCCCACGGAGAUGGGGAUGAUGCAAGCAGAGCCUCACUCCUCCUGGGGCCCCAUUUCUUCUCUCAGCAACCACUUCGCCUGGCUCAACACCAGCCUGCUGCCUUGGGUAGGAGAGAGACGCACACACGAGCCAAGGAAGUCAGUCGAGCGUGUCUCUGAGGUUUCUCCGUGUGGAGUGAAUUCCCUGAGAUGGAAGAUCAGAAAGCUGGCACUCUGGUUGCUUAGUAUUCCAGGAGAGUUUGUUCCCCACCAGGAGCUCAUCCUUAGGCAUCCAGACCUUCCCACGCAUCCCCCUUCACGCACUCCCUUCCUCCUUCCCCCGGUGAACCUCAGCCUCGUAGCUCCACAUUGCACAGCACAGAUCAGAUGAUCUGGUCACUAUAGAGAUUUGUAUAUAAAAAAACUACUUUUGUGAGGAUUUUUGUAUAUUGUUUUUCUAUUUGUUUUCUACAGCUUGAGGAGAGAGCUGGCAAACUGUGAAUCUAAUUGGAUCUUGCUGCCAGCAGAUCUAUUUUGGCUUCCUGAUAAGAAUCUAUGCUACUAGAGCCAAUCAAUAUAUUGCCCUCGGUCAGUAUUGUACCCCAAACUCACGAAUUCCUCCAGCCCAAUCUUAUACUCUUUUUUUUUUUAAACAAAUCCCUGGACUUCUUUGCUAUUAUUUAUAAAGAGCAUGAGAAAAUGUAUUUAUAGUCCUGGAUAUUAUAUGUUUAAUAUUGAGUUAGCCUUUAAUAAUGUUCCAGGUUUGUAUCUAUUCUUCAUAAAUCAUAAAGAACUCAGUGUAGACUGAAUUCCUCUAUUUAGUAUCUGUAAUUUUGCAGACAGAUAUUUUCUUAUGGUAUUUUCUAUAUAACCACCUACGUAGAAUUAUAACCAAUCACAGCACAAGAAGUUUCGGCAGCAACUUAGAGCUAUCAGUUGUUUCCUGAGCCACAUUGCAAAGAGGCAGGGAUCCUGCCCUUUGCAGUGCGAUGAACAAAAUGACCCUAAAGAACAAGGAACCCUUAAAUCCCUUCGCUGAUUAGUAUAUGCAUCUUACCAGCUAGUCUCUGUAACUCGAGGGAUGGUGCUGACUUCUUAUUUUUGACACCAGGCCUUGUUUUUCCAGUUAAGCAUUUGAAGUAUACUUUUCUCCGAGAUGCUGGAAAAGAAGGUGAUAAUCGCAGGAUCAUCUGUAUCCCAGAGUCUCCUUCUUAGUAAUUUAUGUAAAAAUUGGCUUGGGAAAAUUCCAACAGCUGAGAUUGAGGUUAAUGCUAGGAAGCAAAUCAGGACAGAUGUAUUGCAGUUCAUUCUUGCCAAGGAAAUUGGUAAUAAAUGUCACAUUGUUAUGUGAAUUGGACACAUAUUUUCAGGAAAAAACAACAAAGCAAUCCUGGGGCUAUAGGUGGGAGUUCAAGUCAUACUGAAAUUGUUUAGAAGCAGCCCAGGUAGAUUCUGUCCUCAGGUGAAUAAUAGUCUAUGUCAUUUCCCAAGGCAAAUCAGUAGUCACUUCAAAGGGGGUCUUUCUUCCACCUUCCUACCUCCAGAGCAAGUAUCCAUUUAGAUGUUUUUAAAAGCCCUUCUGGUUGGUAUUGAGGGCCUUGGUGUGCUGAGGCUAAACCCCCACCACUCUGUAGAGUCAGCACUGGCCCUGGAGCCCAUGUAGCCACACGCCUCCCCUUGCACUGGAGACAGCCCAGUUCCUUCCACCAAACACACCUUUUCCAAUAUGCUCAUAGGGCUAGCAUUCUUGCCAUGUUCUAAGAUGUAGUCAGUUACAUAGUAAGUGCACUGGGAUAUAUUUGAGCUUGCUCCUCAUCAAGCAAACAGAUUAGAAGUUCCCUCAACUGGCAACGAUUGUACCUGUGAUUUCCAAGUACAGAUAGCUGUCAAAGCAUGAAGUUCUUGUGUGUACACAGUAACACUUGGUUCACGCAUGAAGAACAGUGCCUAUGCACUUGUGUAGCAAUACUGUAGGUAUCUAUGUGUAAUUUCAGUGAAAUGGUGCAUAGAUAUAAUUUCAAUGUUAUUCUUGACUGUUCAUCUAAAUGUAGUAGACUUGUUCACUGGUGUUUUGAAAACCCUUGUUUUCUUUUUUAGAUACCUAGUAGUGAGUCAGCUCUCCUUUUUCUUUAUGUGAUUUGGGGAUGCCUAUCAGUGAAGAACUUAUCCAUGAAUCCUUUGUACCAAUGACUGAAGUUUGUGUGCAUCGAGCAUCUUUGUAGACACGCAAUUCAGCGCAAGGGAGAGUUAGCUAGCCGUGGGCCAUGAUCCUCAGUGAAAGGUCGUCUGCCACCUGUAUGAUUCACCAUGGUGAAUGCAGCUGUGGAGCUUUUGAUUGCCUAAGCCGAGCCAGGUUUAGCAUGAGGGCAUUUAUCUACAGCCCUCCUCUGCUUGGUGGAUGGGGCUCAGAGACACAGAAGGUCAGUCUGUUUCUGUGCGUGUUAGCAUCACGUCCUCAGGUAAAGGUCUGCCUCUCUGAUUGCCAAAUGCUGAUCAUGAUGCUCACGACUUAAAGGUUCAGAAGAGCCUUGUCUCCCUUGGUUUCUUGAGUCAUGGUACUGAAUAGGUAUUUCCUGACUAGCUGCCAUGCAGGCCAAACCCCACGAAAGCACAGUUCUGGCAAUAAACUGCACAGGUGUCAGUGAAAGCUGGGCACUAGAAGCACAAGCACGGUCAUUGUACAGCUUUGGGGUUGCAGAAAGGCAACUGAUAAAGCACAGAUCCCACAUAAGUGAAGGGAGUAUGAAUUCUACCUAGUAGGCUCUGCGUGCAUGUUUUGAGUGACCGAAGGUGAUACUAACUAAUGCAAUGAUACACUUGCUGCCUAAAACACGCAUUAUCACUGAAUGGGAUGCUGUGGAGUCUAUAGUUCCUGUAACCCCCUCCUCCUCUGCAAGGACAGAGAAGGAUGGCCAUGUGCAUUUGGGCCUCUUCUCUUUCUGCAAGACGAGUGAAGCCUAAGAGAUCCCCUAAGGGCACAAAGUGGGUUAAUUUUCAGUGGCUUCUCCAGGGAGUGAAGUCAGGGGGUCUACACAUGGUGAACAGCCACAGUUUUCCUUGAAAAUGUAGCUUCUUCAACUUCUGUCCAAUUCAGGGUAGAACCCUUAUUGAAGGAAAGCUAGCCUUUGGGCAGGAUUCUCUCUGAAGAUUCUUGUGUGUCCAGAAUGAAAGACAAGAAUGAUUGUUUCCCUCACAUUCACAAUCCCCGUUGGUCUGAAGUCACAUAGCGUAGAGCAUCUGUAUAGCACGUAGUGUAUAAAGACUAAUGAAGGAACAAAGGUAAAAACAUCAACUAAAUCUGUGGGUGUUUCUUCUGUACGGUACUAGGAAAUGCCUGGUUGGCAAAGCACAUUUUGGGUAGUUGGGGUCUUUUGUCUUCACCUUUAGCUUCCUAAGCUUUCUUACAAUGUGGACUGAUUACUGUAACAUUUCAUGUAUAAAAUAACUGGAUAUUCUUUCUAUACUGGAAAUAAUCUGUGAAUCCAAGAUUUCACUAAGUGUUUUAACUUUUAUGUACAUAUAUAUCUCAUCAAUAAAUGUGGAUUUCAAUUUC